ACCGCCUCCCUCGCAGGUAUUCCUCGCAAAUGAUCGACCUGGAGCACAAGCUGAAGCCUUUCAUCCCAGACUUCAUUCCCGCCGUGGGAGACAUCGAUGCCUUCCUGAAGGUUCCGCGCCCGGAUGGGAACCCGGAUACCCUGGGCUUGUUGGUGCUGGAUGAGCCCUCCACCAAACAAUCGGACCCCACCGUGCUUUCCCUGUGGCUUACGGAGAACUCCAAGCAGCACAAUGUGGCCCAGCAGGUGAAAGUAAAGAGCCUUGAGAACGCAGAGAAGAACCCCAAAGCUGUUGACAGCUGGAUCGAGAGCAUCAGCGAACUUCACCGUUGCAAGCCUCCAGCCACCGUCCAUUAUGCCAGGCUGAUGCCGGACAUAGAUACGCUGAUGCAAGAAUGGUCUCCAGAGUUUGAAGAGUUACUGGGAAAGGUGAGCCUUCCCACUGCAGACCUCAGCUGCAGCUUAGCCGAAUACACAGACAUGAUCUGCGCCAUUCUGGACAUUCCUGUCUACAAGGGCCACAUCCAGCCUCUACACACCCUGUUCUCCCUCUACUCUGAGUUCAAAAAUUCGCAGCAUUUCAAGGCCCUGGCUGAGGGCAAGAAGGUUGCAAGCCCGCCCUCCAAUCCACCCUCGCAGGCUGGAGAGACAGACCUUCCAAGCUUCACCUGAGGGACGGAGGUCACUUUACCUGGGGAAAAGCUUCCUGGUUCCUGGGGCUUAGAGGCACUGUUAACGCCAAGGGUCUUUAAUGGAGCACAGCUCCCGCUGGAUUUCCAGCACCUGAUUCCUUGGAAGUUGCUGGGCUGGCUUUCAGGUGACCUUCAUUGUAAGUUUCUGGAAGAAAUGUUGUGCAAUAAAGUUUUGCUAUAAGU